AUGUUACUGUAUAGAUCGACUGUUCAAAAAUCUCGAACAUUAGGAAUCCUAUACCAGAAUACCAUCAAAGCAAUUCCAAGAACAAGCUCAACCAACUUCACUGUUUCUCCACUGGCAACUCCUGCUCCAAGUAUCGUCGGACUAAGAUUCAAUAGUGGUUAUGGAGGAAAUUCCUCGUACAAGAAACCAUAUUAUAAUAAGGGGAAUAACACCAAUAAGAGGAAAAACAAUAGCGAUCGGGUAUUCCAACCAGCAGCAAACAUUCCAGAAGAUUCUCCUGUAUACAAUGAAAUCUACGCAUUUGAUGAUUGUGUAUUCCAAACAUUGAAUGCAUCUCGAACUCCAUUAUCAUACACGAGAUCUCAUGACCUAAAUGAUAGACGAACAACAACUACGUCAAAUCCCUUAUUUUGGGAUUCUUUAAAUAAAGGCAUGCAUCUUUAUGAAACUUUGUAUGAAGCACCAGAAUUUGGUGGUAGUAGAACUUCUAAAUUGGUUCACCUUUUGCAUAACGGGUUAAGAAUCAAUAGACGUGAUAGAGUUCAAUUAAGAAAGAAACCUGAUUAUGAUUCUAAUUCGUUCAGUAAAGAGAUGGAAAUAUUCCUUUGUAAUUCGUUAAGGAGGAUCGCAUCAGACUUAAUUGAGAAUAAAAUUAAGAUCUAUCCAUAUGGUGCCAUGCACCUGUUAACCGCGUUCAUUGAAUUGAAAUUGGAUGAUGAAGCUAUCAAGCUAUGGAAGAUCGCAGUGGAGAAUGAAGCUUUGAAAGACGUCUUUCUUGAACCUUCCGUCAUUGGAGUUAUGCUACCUAAAUUGUACGAAAAUGGUGCUAGUUAUGCAGAAAUUAAAAACUUGUUCGAGGUAAGUUCUAACAUGAAAGAACACCGGUUGCCUCAUGCAAAUUUAUUUAUUGGUAUGAUAAGGGCUUCUUUGAUGGCCAAUGAAAAUGAAGCUGCUUUGGAAAUAUUUAGAAAAUUAUGUGAAAAUGGUACAAGUAAUAAAGAGAAAAGUCUAUCAUUUGGUUAUAUGAUGGAAGGCCAUUUAUUGUUCAUUGAAUGUUGUAAAGAUAUGGGGAUGGCUAAUGAAUUUUUCCAAAAAAUCAUUGAUAAAGAAAUGCCAUACGCUGUAAAAUUACAAGUUUCUUCUUUAAACAGGUACCUGGAAAAUAUUUGGAAUCUGAAAGAGAAUUUUGAUGAUGUAUAUAAUGUUUGGUAUAAGGCAGUUAAUUAUUAUCAGUUGGAGAAUACUAAUGUUGGCAUAUUUUCAUCGUUGAAUAAUACUUUCUUUAAGAUUUUUUUCCAAAAAUUCUCCACUGAUAAAGUGGAAGGCUUCAAAAGAUUAAAUCAUAUAAUUAAAGUGUACAAUGAUGUGAAAGGUGUUGAUGAACCAUUUUUGAAUAAUAUCUUGUCGAAAUGUUCAUUGUGGAAUGAUCGUAGUAUUUUCGAUUACGUUGAGAAAAGUUAUGAAUUAUAUAACAUUCCAAAGACAAUUGUGACGCAUAGAAUAUUUCUCAAAGUAUUAGGAUCUAUUGAUGAUGUUACAACGGAAGAGCUAUUACAAAAAUGGUACAAUAUAAUAAAUAAAGAAGAUCAAAUAGGUCAACAAUUCAUUUCUAAUGCAGAUUGGUCUGCAUUAAGAGACGCAACAGUGGGAUGGACAGCUUCCAAGAUGGCUUCCCCCGAGAAUGAAAACAUUUCCAAAGAAAGAGAUGUCUUAUAUUUGAAAAUAAUAAAGAAAUUUGCCCAAUUCCGUCGUGAUGAUUCUCAAAUUAGAGCAUACACUAAGUAUCUCGUAGCAUCACCAAAUUUCUCAACAUUUGCAGAAACACUCGAGCAAUUUGAUAGAAUUGAUGCUUCAGAUAUCAUUGUUCCACAAUUACACAGUGUUGAAUCCCAUGAGAUAGAUGAGACAGCAUUAAAAAGGUUGAUUAUUUGA